UUUGAGCUAGGGGUCUGAAGGUUGGUCAAGACACAUCGUCUUAUUAUUAAGUACAUUUGUGAUAAGUACUAUUAAAAUCCCUUCAUGGAUGGGAGAGUUAUGGACCGGACAGGAGAAAGCUCUGUUUACCUUUGACCUCCAAUUUUGACCUUAACCUUUGAGGUAGGGGUCCGGGUCUUGCAUAUGACACGUCGUCUCAUCAUGGGGAACAUUUGUGCCAAGUAAUUUUAAAAUCCCUUCAUGGAUGACAGAGUUAUGGACCGGACAAGAAAUUGCGGACGGACGGACGGAAUGGCAGAAUGACGGAAAGGCGAAUUCCUAUAAUCCCCGAAACUGGUUUUCAACCAGUAGGGGACUAAUAAGGCGAAUUGAAUCGUGCUAACUUUCCUGCUGGUUGACGAGUACAUGUAUAUAAACUGAACUAUCAAACUACAGGCGAACUUUUUGUUUACUGCCCACGUGAUAUUAGCGUCUAAAAAUACUGUCGCGUCUCGUUCUAUAUUAAUCAAUGUUUGCAAAAUAAAGCAUUGUAAAGCUUUAUAAACGUUCAUGAGAAUGAGAAAAACUGCAAUAAAUCGAAUGUUCCUGUAAUUCUGGAAACUAUAAACUGGUCAACAAUUAUUUUUCUUGUAAAUAUGUGAACCAGUGGCGGCAUUUUGCCUUUCGGGGAUAAAUUAUUUUAGAAAUUACAAAUCACAAUAUGUGGGUUAGUCGCACUAACCAAUGUUUUCCUUUUUGUCGAUUUACUUUGUCUUUUAUUUGAGGAAUAUCGUUUAUGUCUCCUCCUUGUACCAUGCAGACACCACAGUUCGAAGACAGUACUUAAAGGAUAGUAAUGUCAUGAUAUUUGUUUCUACUUCUAAGCCAGACUGUGACAUAUCAUGCAGAAAUAUACAUUAUUUGAAAAUGUUUUAAAGUAAGAAAGUUUAGUUAACAAACUUACCAGUGAAAGAGGAAUGAGAUUUCAUGUACGUGCAUUUCUAAUAUAUUCAUUUAUCAUAUGCCUUGAAGUUGCAUUAAUGUAUAAGUACGUAAGGAUAAAGAAACAGCAAACUGGAAAUAAUGAUCAUACUUCUCGAACUUUGUUAAUACAAAAAAGAAACUUUUCAAAAGUUACAAAUAACAUCUCGCAUAAUGUGUUAUAUUUUACAAGUAAUAUAUUUGAAGUUUCUGAUAAAGAAAGUAAAAUAACAACAGACAAAAAAAUAAUUGUAUUUUUCAAUGUACCGGAAUACAUGCAAAGUAACACGAGAAAGGAUACGCUGUAUAGAGACUGUGAAUAUAAAAAUUGUAUAAUUUCGUUUGAUAUAAAUAAAAUGUUAACGGCAGAUGCCGUCAUAUUUUACAUAGGAAUUAGAAAUAAGCGAAUGGGAAAAUAUCCACCAAUAGAUCUGAAACAACGAAAUCCAAAUCAGGCAUGGAUAUUUACAUCUGUGGAGCCUCCUGAACAUUUUUAUAAUACUGAUUAUCUGUCGUCAUCGUGGCAUAAUACGAUGAACUGGUCUAGUCUAUACAGACUUGAUUCAGAUAUACCAAAUCCUUACGGUUGUUUAAUACGCUCUAUGACCAUUACUACACCGGACUAUUUUUCAGUCUACAACACAAAAACAAGGAAUGCACUCUGGAUGGUGAGCCAUUGCCAGGUUUCUAGUGAGCGAAAUCAAUAUGUUACAGAACUGAUAAGGAGCGGAUUCGAUGUAGAUAUCAUAGGAGGAUGUAGUUCAGACGGAAGAAAAAUAAGUGUAAAAGACUUUGAUCAGAUUGUUCCUACUUAUAAAUAUUAUUUAGCGUUUGAAAACUCGUUUUGUAAUGAUUAUAUUUCGGAAAAGUUUUUUCAACAUUUCAAUUUAAGUUGGAUUAUUGUUGUAAGGGGUGGUGCAAAUUAUAAACGUUUACUUCCAAAAAAUACUUAUAUUAAUACAGCGGAUUUUUCAAAUAUCUCGACUCUGGCGAACUACCUCUCAAACCUUGGAAAUGAUAAAGAGAGAUAUAUUGAAUUUCUACGUAAUAAAGACAAAUAUGUAAGCAUCCGCUGGCAUGCCAACAGAAAUUGUGAAAUAUGCAGAAGAUUAAAUAAUUUAUCAAAGUAUAGAAAAACAUAUACAUCACUUAAGGAAUAUCUAACUGGUGGUCAGUGCUUUAGACCAAAGGACUUAUAAGUCAAGUUUAUAAAACAUAAAUUGAAUAAAAAGUACGAUACAUGUAUUCGGAACAUACAAAUGUUUUCUACCUGGAGAAAUAGAAAUAAUUUGAAACGUACGAACUUAGAUUAAAUCUGAUAUAUUAAACAAAGUCGAAAGCAUCAACGUUUCUAGAACUACAUUAAAGAAAUUAUUUGACUUCUUACAUUGCCUGUGUUUAAGGAGUGUACACUGUUAAUGCAUUUAUAAAUGCCCUUUUGCAGACAAGCUUGUUAUGUAAUUGUUUUGAUUUGACAUUUAUAUUUAACCAAAUACCUUUAUAGGUAUACCUAUAUAUCUAUACCUUUAAAGGCAACAAGGUAAUCUAAUUAUCAUUGGCAACUAUACUUAGAAGACAAUAAGCCCAAUUGUUCUACAGAAAGUGAUUAAAUAUUUUUUAAUCGCAAAGUUACAUUGAAUAUUACUCUUCUGAAGAAAAGGAAUCAUCCCGGGACUAUUUGCAAUAAUUUAAUGAAACUAGAAAGCCCCUAAAGAGCCGAAAAAAUGAUUGGAAACGGUUUACAGUUUUUAGAUCGGAGCUGGGUAGGGGACAGAUUUGCAUUUUACCAUCGCGUUUCUUAUAGCUGGAAUAAUAUGUAUUUGAAUUAUCUUAAGACUUUUUUUCUAAAUACACACUACACCUGAAUAUUUGUUUAUAUCCCUCUAAAAUAUUGACAUAUGAACACACAAUUUGAUACCACCUAAGCUAACAAAUCAUACCAACGAUAACAACUUCACUAAAAUUCAUUGAGUUACUAGGAAUGAAAUAAGGUAUUUCAAAACUAAAAAAGUUCAAACUCAGUGCUGGUGCUGGACUCAAUCGGACCAGGUCUGCUACUAUUUUGCUUGGCUGCGUUAUAUGCGUUAUAAACUUACACUCAUCUAAGGAUGGAAUAUGCUCUCAUCUUUACACUCAUCAAAGGAUGGAAUAUGCUCACAUCUUUACACUGGCUUCUCUAUGCAAGUAUUCAUUAGUAGAUAACCAGAUUUGUUUUCAGACACAUACACGAGUUCUGCAGAGUAGAUUCUUCAUGCAAAGUUUUUCAAUUAUUUGUUGUUCAUUUUAUGUACAAAAAAAAGCUUCGUUUGGCUGUGUGAAUUUGAAAAUUACUGACGCUAUUGCAUUUGUUUACGCCGUGUCAUCCGUCCAUUAUUAGUAACACAAUACACCUGAAUUGAACUGACGCGUAGAUAUUGAACAGCUUGAUGGAUUUUCCAGAAUAAAAUGAUUCGUAUAUAAUUAGCUGGACGUGUUCAAAGUGUACUUCUGUCAUUUGGUAUAUACCGUUUAUUUGUUUUUUUUUAGCACACCUGAGCAAUGCUGCUCAGGUGAGUUUUUCUGAUCACUCGAUGUCCGGCGUCCGUCGUCUGUCUGUCUGUCGUCUGUCCGUCAACAUUCAGCUUGUGUAUGCAAUAGAGGCUGUAUUUUCCAACUGAACUUCAUGAAAUUUGGUCAGAAUGAUUACCUUGAUAAAAUCUAGGCCGAGUUUGAAAUUGAGUCAUCUGGGGUUAAAAAGUAGGUCACUAGGUCAAAUCAAAGAAAAACCUUGUGUAUGCGAUAGAGGCUGUAUUUUUCAAUUGAUCUUCAUGAAAUUUUGUCAGAAUGAUUGUCUUGAAAAAAUCUACGUUAACUUUGAUUAUGGGUCAUCUUGGAUUAAAAAGGAGGUCACUAGGUCAAAUCAAAGAAAACCCUUCUGUAUGCAAUGAGGCUAUAUUUUUCAAUUGAUCUUCAUGAAACUUGGUCAGAAUGAUUGCCUUGAUGAAAUCUAGGUCAAGUUUGAAUAUGGGUCAUUCUGGUCAAAAAGUAGGUCACUAUGUCAAAUCAAGGAAAACUUGUGUAUGCGAUAGAGGCUAAAUUUUUUCAACUGAUCUUCAUGAAAUCUUGCCAGAAUGGUUGCCUUGAUGAAAUCUAGGUCACGUUCGAAUAUAGGUAGUCUGGGGUCAAAACUAGGUCACUAGGUCAAAUCAAAGAAAAACCUUGUGUAUGCGAUAAAGGCUGUAUUUUUAAAUUGAUCUUCAUGAAAUUUGGUCAGAAUAAUAGCCUUGAUGAAAUCUAGGUCAAGUUCGAAUAUGGGUUAUUUGGGGUCAAAUACUAGGUCACUAGGUCAAAUCAAAGAAAAUACUUAUUCAUACUCAAGAUUUUUGCUCCAAUUUUAAUGAUAAUUGGUCAGAAUAUUUUUUUCCAUGAAAUCACUAGGUCAAACAUGUUUACACUGUUAUGGUGUGUUAUGGUGUGUUUCUCAGGUGAGCGACCUAGGGCCAUCUUGGCCCUCUUGUUUGUUUUUCUUUUUCAAAUAAUCAGCUACUUGUGAUGCAAUCCCUCAAACAUUUGCUCUUAGCUGUUUAAGUGCAUGCACCUGAGCACAAAGUACUGAAGUAGAGCUACAUGUAAAUUAUGAUUGCCCAUUGUGCGCUGACAAUGUCACCAACAGUUGCUUUUUGAAUACACCUGAUGCCUAAUGUCUGUACCAAUAAAAACUUGGUCAGAAUGUUUGUAAAUAUUAUAAUGUUGAAUAGUUAAAAGUACCCACAUGGUCACUUGAUCUAUUAAACCGGUACCUGUAAAUCCUUCUCAGUACAACAUAAUACAAUACAAUAUCCAUUUAUUUUCUCAUUUCAUAUGAACAUAUGACAGAAUAAGGAUACAAUAUGACAAAUGUUUGUACGAGGCUGUUACAUGUGUUUACAUUACAAAAUAAUAAGGGGCAAAAAAGAAACAAAUAUUCUUCUAGCAUUUUACAAAACAGUACAUAUGUAUAGAUACUAUCACAUGUGUAGUGACACGUAGUUCAAAUCAAUACGGCAACUAUCAAUAUGAAGUUGUUUAUCUUAAGAUGUCUAAUUCUGAUGGCAAAUUUUCAUGGCCCUUAAUUUGAUAUACCAUUAUAAUAUUACGAACCCUUUAAAAUUGAAUAUAACAUAUUUAAUGAGACCAUUAAUCAUUUUUUUAAUAAUUAACGGCCAUUAACAGAGUAUUAAAAAAA